AUGUUAAAACAAAAUAUAAUUAAGCCGUCAAUAUCUCCGUGGAGCGCCCCAGUGUGGGUCGUGCCUAAGAAAAUGGAUGCAUCUGGCAAAAAGAAGUGGCGCAUUGUCAUAGAUUAUAGGCGACUUAAUGAUGUGACCAUAAAUGAAGUUUAUCCUAUCCCAUUAAUUAGCAAUAUAUUAGAUCAAUUAGGACAUUCUAAAUAUUUUUCGACACUUCAUUUAGUUUCCGGCUUCCAUCAAAUCCCUCUCAAUCCUAACGAUGCUGAAAAGACUGGUUUUACAGUAAUCAACACAAAUGGCAUUUCCGGUCAUUUUCAAUUUAAUCGCAUGCCUUUUGGAUUAAAAGGUGCUCCUAGUACGUUUCAACGUCUCAUGAACACCGUCCUUUCUGGUCUCCAAGGUCUCCACUGUUUCGUCUACUUAGAUGACUGUAUUAUUUACAGCCACGAUCUUCAAAGUCAUAUGGAAAAAUUACGUCUUGUUUUUGAUAGGUUUCGAGAUUUCAAUUUGAAACUACAACCAGAUAAAUGCGAGUUCCUUCGACGCGAAGUCACUUAUUUAGGUCAUGUAAUUACUGACAAAGGUGUCUCACCUAACCCUGACAAGGUAAAAUCAGUAUCCAAUUAUCCUAUUCCCAAAAAUCCCAAGGAAAUUAAAUCAUUUCUAGGUCUAGUAGGUUACUACCGUCGAUUUAUAGAUAACUUUUCAAAAAUAACAAAACCCCUUACGUCAUUAUUAAAAAGGGAUGUUAAUUUUAAUUGGACACAAGAACAAACCCAAGCUUUCAAUUUGUUAAAGGAAAAAUUAACUUCAGCUCCGUUACUUCAAUAUCCCGAUUUUUCGCAACCGUUUAUUGUCACCACAGACGCCAGUAAUUAUGCCGUUGGCGCAGUAUUAUCGCAAGGUCCUAUCGGAAAAGACAAACCGAUCGCGUAUGCCUCAAGAACAUUAAAUAAACAAGAAGGCAACUAUUCAACAACGGAAAAAGAACUUUUAGCUAUCCUCUUCGCUGUAAAAACAUUUCGUCCCUAUAUUUAUGGUAACAAAUUUAAAAUAGUCACUGAUCACAAACCUUUGGUCUGGCUUUUUAAUGUCAAGGAUCCAGGAAGUAGAUUAAUUCGUUGGCGCCUCAAGUUAGAGGAAUAUGAUUAUGAAAUUGUAUAUAAACAAGGAAAGCAAAAUUCAAACGCCGAUGCUCUUUCCCGCAUACCCAUUCACGCCUUAAAUUCGAAUGUAGUCCUUAAUAAACUCAAAUAUGAAUCAUAUUUUAAAAAGUAA